AACGCUCAACUGUUGACGCAGCAAUCUCAUUUGUUUUCAAAUAAAAAUAUUAUUAAAAUAGCAUUGACAAUAUCGACCAAAUACUUCCAUUUUCUUGACUUUAAGCAAGCUUUUUUUAUUUAAUUCAUCUUUUUCAUAUCCCUCCGAAUAUGCGCAUCAGCUUUGCGUCGUCAACCGCCAUUGCCCUGGGCCUAGCCGCUCAGGCUGCCGCCAUCGACCCGCUUGUGGUCAAGGGGUCCAAGUGGUUCAACAAGAACACUGGUAAGCAGUUCUACGUCAAGGGCAUUGACUACCAGCCCGAUAUCAUCCUGACCAACGCAGUCCGCGACCCGUUGGCCGAUUUGGCCGGAUGCAAGCGCGACUUGCCGUUCCUUAAGGACCUCGGCGUCAACGCCAUCCGCGUCUACCAGACAGAGCCCUUUGGCGACCACGACGGGUGCAUGCAGCUGCUGGCCGAUGCCGGCAUUUAUGUGAUGCUCGAUUUGAGCACCCCUACGGAGACCAUCAACCGUGAUUCGCCUCUGUACGACGUCAAUCUGCUGGGCUACUACCAGCAAAAGGUCGAUGCGUUCAGCAAGUAUGACAAUGUGUUUGGGUUCCUGGCCGGAAACGAGGCCACCAACCAGGUCAAUAACACAGACACCUCGGCUUUUGUCAAGGCCGCAUUGCGCGACGUGAAGGCGCAUAUCAAGUCAAAGGGCCUGAGCAUCCCCGUUGGCUACGCCACUAAUGACGACGCCGACAUCCGCUGGCAGCUGCAAACGUACUUUGACUGCGGCAAAGCAGAGGAGCAGGCUGAUUUCUACGGCAUCAAUCUGUACGAGUGGUGCGGUGCAGAGGCAACAUUUGAGUCGUCAGGGUAUGUCGACGUUGUUAAAAACUUUACCAACUGGGACGUCCCCGUUCUGCUGACUGAGUACGGCUGCAACUUGGUCACCCCACGAACUUUCCCAGAGGUCGCGGCCAUCUACGGCAAAAACAUGACUGGUGUGUUCUCCGGUGGCUUUGUAUACGAGUACGUGGAGGAGGACAACAACUACGGCCUGGUUACUGUCAGCGGCACCAAGGCCACGAAGACUGCCGACUACGACUAUUUCAAGAAGGCACUGGCUGCGGUCAACCCCUCGAGCGUCUCCAUGAGCAGCUACACGCCCUCGGGAAAGCAGCAUUCAUGCCCAUCGGUCGGCGCCUCUAACAACUGGUUGGCCAGCUCCACUCUGCCGCCUACCCCGUCAAAUACCACCUGCGAAUGCAUGUUCAAGUCCCUCAAAUGCGUGAGCAAGACCGAUACAAUUCCUACCAACGCUGGCGAUCUAAAGACAUUUGGUGCGAAAGUGGCUGGCAUCUACGACACCGUCUGCUCCAAGACCGACUGCAGGGCCGUUACCACAGAUGGCACCAAGGGUGUGUAUGGCAAGUACUCGUUCUGUGAUGAUCUGCAACGCGUUUCGUGGGUUAUGAACGCGUGGUACGAGGAGCAGCGUGGCAUUAAUGGCUCAUGCGACUUUAGUGGUUUUGGCACAGUCGUUGAAGCGUCUUCAAGUGAUGACUCCAAGUGCUCUGACCAGAAUAAUGGCUCGGGCAGCAGCAGCAAGGGCAGCGACUCCAAGAGCGGUUCGGGCAGCUCUUCCUCGGACGCCUCGGGAAAGGCUGCGCUGUCCGCCGGUGCUGCCGUGAUAGUUGCUGCCGCAAUGCUAUUCUAAGCUGUCUUUUCGGUUUUAUUUUAUUUACUCCAUUUUUCCUUGUUCAAUAGUACGCACCCACGCACACAUACUCUCACAUUUAUAACUGAUAUCGAUGUCGAUAUGGCCUGCUCAAA